AUGGGCGAACAUAAUCCGAUCGUCCACAACGAUAUAGCAGUGCGACUAUUAAGAAGGGACAGUCAGAACGAGCUCAGCCUGACCGAUGAUCCAGACGAGAACAUUCCCUAUGCGAUCCUCUCCCACACCUGGUGCCCAGACCAUAAUGAAGUCACCUUCGCCGAUAUAGAGAAGAGUUAA